AUGGCGGAGAUGAAUUCCGCGUCAGUCCCGCUGGCCCCGCCUUCCGACCGCCGUCAACUCGCUGUAGACAAACCCGGACGUGUCACCCGGAGUGACGGAAGUGAGAAGGGUGGAAACUCCAGUCAACCCAAGAAUGCCGGCGCGACGGCUAAGCAAGAUGUUCAGUCCUCAGGUACCAGUGAACAUCUGGAGAGGAAAUGUUAUGAAUGGCCAAUUAGCAGUCCACUUCUGCCCUGCCAUGCUGUUCAUUGUCAUUCAGGAAGAUGCGGAAUUUUUGAGGACGAUUUGAAUGUCUGUUUCGGAUUUUCAGGGAGUGACGGAAGUGAGAAGGGUGGAAACUCCAGUCAACCCAAGAAUGCCGGCGCGACGGCUAAGCAAGGUGUUCAGUCCUCAGGUACCAGUGAACAUGUGGAGGCUCAACCGCUUAAACCUUCAAGAAGCAGUGCAGUAGAAGAAAGUCCAGUUCGGCACCGCAGGCGUCCUCGACGUCGUCGAAGAAGACCCACAUUGCCUGAAUACAUAAAGAGCCACAUUCUCAUAUUUGCAGGGGCUGAUACAAGUGAAAUGGGUGGAGACUCCAAUCAACCGCAGUCUGCCAGCGCGUCGUCUGAGCAACGAAUUCAGAGCUCAAAUUUCAGUCCCGAUCAAUUGAUUGACGAUUUGCUUGUCGGUCCAUGCAAACUGCUUUCUGAGCAACAGACUGGCAUAAUCUUGUUUGGUUCCUCGAAAGAGGACAGCGAUCUUGAACAGUCAAUUAGCAGUGAAGCAGAAGAAGGUGUAGUUCCGCCCACCAGGCCUCUUCAGUGUCGUACAAGAAGACGCAGACUUUCUGAAGACGGUUUGAUGCUCAGUCGCCAAUUUGCAGGGGCUGAUACAAGUGAAAUGGGUGGAGACUCCAAUCAACCGCAGUCUGCCAGCGCGUCGUCUGAGCAACGAAUUCAGAGCUCAAUUUUCAGUCCCGAUCAAUUGAUUGACGAUUUGCUUGUCGGUCCAUGCAAACUGCUUUCUGUGCAACAGACUGGCAUAAUCUUGUUUGGUUCCUCGAAAGAGGACAGCGAUCUUGAACAGUCAAUUAGCAGUGAAGCAGAAGAAGGUGUAGUUCCGCCCACCAGGCCUCUUCAGUGUCGUACAAGAAGACGCAGACUUUCUGAAGACGGUUUGGUACUCAGUCGCCAAUUUGCAGGGGCUGAUACAAGUGAAAUGGGUGGAGACUCCAAUCAACCGCAGUCUGCCAGCGCGUCGUCUGAGCAACGAAUUCAGAGCUCAAUUUUCAGUCCCGAUCAAUUGAUUGACGAUUUGCUUGUCGGUCCAAGCAAACUGCUUUCUGAGCAACAGACUGGCAUAAUCUUGUUUGGUUCCUCGAAAGAGGACAGCGAUCUUGAACAGUCAAUUAGCAGUGAAGCAGAAGAAGGUGUAGUUCCGCCCACCAGGCCUCUUCAGUGUCGUACAAGAAGACGCAGACUUUCUGAAGACGGUUUGAUGCUCAGUCGCCAAUUUGCAGGGGCUGAUACAAGUGAAAUGGGUGGAGACUCCAAUCAACCGCAGUCUGCCAGCGCGUCGUCUGAGCAACGAAUUCAGAGCUCAAUUUUCAGUCCCGAUCAAUUGAUUGACGAUUUGCUUGUCGGUCCAUGCAAACUGCUUUCUGAGCAACAGACUGGCAUAAUCUUGUUUGGUUCCUCGAAAGAGGACAGCGAUCUUGAACAGUCAAUUAGCAGUGAAGCAGAAGAAGGUGUAGUUCCGCCCACCAGGCCUCUUCAGUGUCGUACAAGAAGACGCAGACUUUCUGAAGACGGUUUGAUGCUCAGUCGCCAAUUUGCAGGGGCUGAUACAAGUGAAAUGGGUGGAGACUCCAAUCAACCGCAGUCUGCCAGCGCGUCGUCUGAGCAACGAAUUCAGAGCUCAAUUUUCAGUCCCGAUCAAUUGAUUGACGAUUUGCUUGUCGGUCCAUGCAAACUGCUUUCUGAGCAACAGACUGGCAUAAUCUUGUUUGGUUCCUCGAAAGAGGACAGCGAUCUUGAACAGUCAAUUAGCAGUGAAGCAGAAGAAGGUGUAGUUCCGCCCACCAGGCCUCUUCAGUGUCGUACAAGAAGACGCAGACUUUCUGAAGACGGUUUGAUGCUCAGUCGCCAAUUUGCAGGGGCUGAUACAAGUGAAAUGGGUGGAGACUCCAAUCAACCGCAGUCUGCCAGCGCGUCGUCUGAGCAACGAAUUCAGAGCUCAAUUUUCAGUUCCGAUCAAUUGAUUGACGAUUGGCUUGUAGGUCCGAGCAAACUGCUUUCUGCCAUAUGCUGCAUAAUCUAUUCAUGGAAGAAGGCAAUAACCAGUGCAUUUUCAGAAUGGCUUAAAGGAAUGACUACUUUUCGUGCUUAGAAAAGGCAUUCCGAGGAGACCAGAGCUGGACAGCAGAAUCCGUAAAAAAAACACUACACAAACUCAAUGAAUGGCAAGAGGAAUUUUCAACUUUAUUUUCUGCAAAUAACACGGCAUAUGUUAAUCAAAAUGGCUUCUAUACUUUGUUAAAAGUAAGAGUUCUUCUUUGUAAUGCGAGUGCUUCUUCUUGCAGAACACUUUCGCAGCUUGUUUGGGUUUAAGGUUGCUGAUGACGGGGAUUGUAUUCAUUUGCUAACCAGUUUUUGUUGGAUGUUACUGUCUCUUGUUGGUCUGGGAGCGGGGAUUGGGCGGUCUUUUGGGAGAGUCGGAGAAGACGGCAAGGGAAGUGGACGAGUGUGUGCGGCACUGCCUGUCGAUCGCUGAGGCUGGCCCCUGGUGCAAGGUCGAAGAGAGCGACGAGCGGUGGAAGGAUUAGUUGGUUGAGCUCCAACGAUGUGCACUAAAUUGACUGAAAUCUGAUAAGUUUUGGCGCCUGUUCUUUUUUUUCUUUUCCUUCAUAUACUGUAUUCCAGUUACACUUAUAAAGUAUAUUCUGUAAACCUUC